ACGAAAGAAAGAAAGAAAGCGGCGAAUGGCAAUGGCGAAAAACGAUGAUGAACCGGAGGUUCAGAGCUCCGUCAAGAGGCUAAAAUGCUCUAAGCACGACGAUGAACAGCUCGAAAAUGAAGAAGAAGAAGAAGAGCAGGUGAGUGAGCUUCCAUUGAAGCCAGGCCUGUUCUUCUACCCAAUGACGCCAACUUCCUUCGUGGUCUCCGAUGCUCUGGAGCCCGAUUUCCCAAUCAUCUACGUCAACAAAGUCUUCGAGAUCUGUACCGGAUAUCGCGCCGAUGAGGUCCUCGGCCAGAAUUGUCGGUUCUUACAAUAUAGAGAUACUCAUGCACAAAGGCGCCACCCUUUGGUAGAUCCAGUGGUUGUUUCUGAAAUCAGAAGAUGUCUUGAGGAAGGCGUUGAAUUCCAAGGUGAACUCCUCAAUUUUAGAAAGGAUGGCACUCCUAUGGUGAAUAGGUUACGGCUUGCACCGAUACAUGAUGAUGAUGGUACUGUAACACACAUUAUAGGAAUUCAAGUGUUUUCUGAGACAAAGAUAGACCUUAAUCGGUUGUCAUAUCCCGUUUUCAAAGAAACUUGUGCAAUAAAAUAUGAUCUAUCAGGCAAAAGUGCUCAUCUGAUUGAUCAAUCACCAUUUGGUCAGCAUAAAAAAAUCUGUGGGAUACUACAGCUUUCAGAUGAAGUCUUAGCCCAUAACAUUUUAUCACGCUUGACGCCACGAGAUGUUGCAUCUGUUGGAUCAGUGUGCCGAAGGAUUCGUCAAUUGACGAAGAACGAACAUUUAAGGAAGAUGGUAUGUCAGAAUGCAUGGGGAAGAGAAGUGACUGGAACAUUGGAACAAAUGACAGAUAAACUUGGUUGGGGGCGCUUGGCCAGGGAACUUACAACUCUUGAAGCUGUAUGUUGGAGAAAACUGACAGUUAGGGGAGCUGUGGAGCCUUUACGUUGCAACUUUAGUGCUUGUGCAGCAGGUAAUCGACUUGUAUUAUUUGGUGGGGAAGGAGUCAAUAUGCAGCCCAUGGAUGAUACCUUUGUUCUCAAUCUUGAUGCUGCAAAUCCAGAGUGGCGAAGAGUAAGCGUGAAAUCCUCCCCGCCUGGACGUUGGGGUCACACUUUAUCAUGUUUGAAUGGUUCUUGGUUAGUUGUUUUUGGUGGAUGCGGCAGUCAAGGAUUGCUCAACGAUGUGUUUGUACUCGAUUUGGAUGCUCAGCAACCAACGUGGAAAGAAAUCUCUGGUGGAGCUCCUCCAUUGCCUAGAUCCUGGCAUAGCUCCUGUAUGAUCGAAGGUUCUAAACUGGUUGUUUCAGGUGGAUGCACAGAUGCUGGGGUGCUUCUUAGUGACACAUACUUGUUGGAUCUAACAACAGACAAGCCAACCUGGAGAGAGAUUCCCACAUCCGGGACUCCCCCAUCUAGAUUGGGACAUUCUCUGUCAGUUUACGGUCGGACAAAGAUUCUAAUGUUUGGUGGACUUGCCAAGAGCGGACACCUACGCUUACGAUCGGGCGAGGCGUACACCAUAGAUUUAGAAGAGGAAGAACCCCGGUGGAGGCAACUUGAGUGCAGUGCAUUCACUGGCAUAGGCGGCCAGAGUGCUGUAGUUCCUCCACCAAGACUCGAUCAUGUAGCAGUCAGCAUGCCCUGUGGAAGGAUUAUCAUUUUUGGAGGCUCAAUUGCCGGGUUACAUUCACCUUCUCAACUGUUCCUUUUGGAUCCUUCCGAGGAGAAACCAUCAUGGAGGAUUCUCAAUGUUCCUGGACAACCACCAAAAUUUGCUUGGGGACACAGUACUUGUGUGGUUGGAGGCACAAGAGUUUUGGUAUUGGGCGGCCACACCGGGGAAGAAUGGAUACUCAAUGAAUUGCACGAACUCUGCUUAGCUAGUGGGCAAGAUUCAGAUCUUUGAUUCUAUUUUAAUCUGCAGCCAACAACACCCCAAAGGAAAAGUUGCAUCAAACGAACCAGUUGAGACUCCUCGUAGCUACUGUAAGAACAAAAAUUUCCCAGUUCCUUGCUGCAUUAUGAUUUUAUUUGUGUUUAAAUUUUGGUCUUCUGUAUAUAUUUAUAAAAAUGUAAUAUAGGUUGCGUUUUUCCACUUUUUCUUACCUUUCUUUUUGGUUCUGUAAUUUACUUCUAGGUGGCCAUGUGUCUACUUUGUAUUGUGCAGCACUUCCUGUGUAGAUGUACAUGUUUUCUCUUGAUUUGGGGUUUCUUAUUUGACAAACAGGACCUCCAUUUUUGUUUAAGACAUGUAUUACUGGAAAUGACAAUUUUGAUCUCCAAUUUACUGGGUGUCAAGAUGCCAAGUUUGUUUGUUUG